ACAAACUAGCCAUAAUAGAACCCUCAGGCCUCAACCUUUGAGGCAGUUUACAUGAUUUACAAGCAUGGUUUGACAAUACACUACGAUCUUUUGCUUCUCUUAAUGAGCUCGCUUUUGUACCCAAAAUGUUUUUCACUCAAUGAAGACUUCACAUGGAUCUCGAGCCCUUUUUUCUUCAAAGAACUUUACAAUUCUGUGAAUUCUCCUUCCCGUGAAGUGGGAAAGGAUAAAAUUGACGGAAAAGAAAGAUCAUGCAAAGCACACAACGCUUCACGAAAUACUUGGGGGAGAGAGUGAGAAUCCACAGGAUGCCCAACACUCUCUUUUUUACCAAACCAUAUAUGAGCUUCACUUAUGGGUUUACAUGCUAUGCCAAGUUUUACUGAAACAAACUGAGCAGAAGAAGACGAUUGACCGACGACAUUCGACAUGGGCAGUGCUCAAAGAAAGAGUCGCUGCAUUGCAAUUCUGAUGGCCGUCAUUGCUGUCGCGGUUUCCUUUAAAGCCUUCAUGACCAUGGCCGCGCUCUUAAUGAAGCUUUUCACCUUCUUUCUCCCUCUCCUGCUCUCGACAGCAGCCGUCCUGGUCAUUUUCCGCAACGCACAGGUGCCGGGGCACGUUGAAGAACAGUGGCUGGAGGAGGCUGGUGAAUUAUAUAGUAUGAUACUAGGGCCGCAUGAUCAGACUGACCCGUUUGGCUUGUCCGAGUACGUACCUUGGGAUGAUCAUGGUUGAAAUGUGCUCUCUCUCUCUCUCUCUCUCUCUCUCUCUCUCUCUCUC